UUCACUUGGCCUUCCUUUAUCUAAAGAAGCACUGCAGCCUCUCCUCAUUUGGUUAAACUGCUCCAAUCUGCGCUGAAGAAAAGCCCACCUGCACUGCAGCCUCUUCCUGGGAAACAAAUGGCUUUUGCAAGGUUCACAAAGGGCCACAUGUUCCUGAGGACUUUGUGUCUCAUCUUCGUGGGGACCUUCCUUGCUUUUGCCCUUUGGGAAGCUGGCUCUGACAGGCAGUCAUCGUCUGAGCUCAAAAUACCACAGCAGUUCUCCGCUGACCUGCCUGCCUGCUCGGCUAUCCUCAGUGGAGACAUGGGGGACAGGAAAAAGGAAUUAGAAGAGCUUCUGACGUCUAAAAAAAGGACAACUUUCUUCACUGAGGGCUUCUACAUGAAUGCAACAAAAGACUGCUCAGCAUUCAUUGAAAACAGAGGUUUCAUUACAGAAACUCUCAGUAAAGAGGAGGAAAACUUUCCCAUUGCGUACUCAAUGGUGAUCCAUGAGAAGAUUGAGAUGUUUGAGCGACUUCUGCGAGCUGUGUACGCGCCCCAGAACGUCUACUGCGUACAUGUGGACCAGAAGUCCUCUGCAGAGUUUCAGAAAGCUGUGGCGGCCAUUGCUUCAUGCUUUCCUAAUGUGUUUGUAGCCAGCAAGUUAGAACGGGUGGUGUACGCCUCGUGGUCCAGAGUGCAGGCAGAUCUGAACUGCAUGAAGGAUCUGCUGCACUCUCCAGUCAACUGGAGGUACCUGCUGAACACCUGCGGGACAGACUUCCCCAUCAAAACAAAUGGAGAGAUGGUAAAAGCACUGAAGGCCCUCAAUGGAAAGAACAGCAUGGAGAGUGAAGUCACCAGUGAGUACAAGAAAACCCGCUGGCAGUUUCAUUACAACGUCACUGAUGGCCUCACAAACACAUACGUGCACAAACCUCCCCCGCCCAUCAGCAGCCCCAUGUUCUCUGGAAAUGCCUACUUUGUGGUCACAAGAGCCUUUGUGAAGCACGUGAUGGAGGACGGAGAGAUUCAAAAGUUUCUGGAGUGGGAGAAGGACACGUACAGCCCUGAUGAGCACCUGUGGGCCACCUUGCAGAGGAUUCCUUCAGUUCCCGGAUCUGUGCCUGCCAGCGACAAGUAUGACAUCUCAGACAUGCAGGCCCUCGCCCGCGUGGUCAAGUGGAGCUAUUUAGAAGGAGAUAUGCAAAAAGGAGCCCCCUACUACCCGUGUACCGGUAUUCACAGAAGAGCCGUGUGCGUGUAUGGAGUUGGGGACAUCAACUGGGUCCUGAGUCAACCUCACCUGCUGGCCAACAAGUUUGAUCCUGAGGUUGAUGAUAUUGCCAUCAGGUGUGUGGAGUCAAUCCUGCAUCACAAAGCUUUAGGCCUGGACCCACUGUUACAGCAGCAAGAUUCAAACUCCUAGCAAAGCUCCUGAUGAUUUAAAAGUGUAAUUUAUCAGUCAGUUCUUCAAACAGGUAAAUACUACGGUGUGCCACAUUUAUUUAAAAUAUGAAGGAUCUUCCACUGAAAUAUUCUCUUUCUAAGAGCAAUUCUAAACAUAUUCUGGUUGUUAAUGUUGUUGUAAGGAUACUGUUUUACACCUUUAAGUGGUCUGUGAUUUUUAAUAUGGUCAAGAUGUUGGUGUCAAUUGUGUUAACUUAUUACUAAUGUUCCAUGGCUUUUAAUGAUUUCAAUGAAAUCUGUAAUUGUGGUGCCAUCUAGUGGAGUCAAAGUGGAAGAGCUCUUCUGGGGAGGGAAAAAAAAACAGAACACUCAGCUGGCACUUUAUGUACAUCGAGCUAAACCUAAUGCAGUCUUGUAAUAAAAGUUAUAUUUCAAAGUUUGAAA